AUGGAACUUUCAAAAGGAAAAGUUAUUAUUGAAAAAGAUAUAAAUGAACACACCAUAGAUGACGAAGUGUUUAUGUUUGAACCUAGCAUUGAUGAUGUGUAUGAUAAGAAUACGAAUUUACGGUUUAUAUUUCAUAAUACAUUUAUAACAUCAGAAGAAGAAAUAGCUAUAAGUGAAUUUAGAAAAUAUUGUAAGAGUAGAUGCUUAAAAAUUAAUAAAAUAUAUUUCGAAAAUGAAUGCUUACGUUAUUUAUAUUCAGCACAAUUUGAUUUUUCUAAGGCCAUGGAAUUAAUAAAAAGUAAUUAUGAAUUUCGGUUAUCAUCUAUUUUACCAAUAAAAGAAAAAGAUGUGAUAUUUUAUAUAAAUAAAGGAGUUAUGUAUUGGCAUGGGAGAGAUAAAAAAUGUAGACCAAUAUUAAUUAUUAAUUUAUUAAAAGUUGAAUUAUUAAGUAUUGAUGAUUUAUCUAAUUUAUUUUUUUUCUGUUUUGAAUUUUUUUUAAAAUAUUUAUGUAUCCCAGGAAAAAUAGAAAACUAUAUAUCAAUAAUCGAUUGUUCUGGUAUAUCUAUAUCAAAAUUCCCUAUGACAACAUUUAUGAAAUUGUUAGAAAUUAUGAAUUCUAAAUAUAGAUGUAGAUUAUUUAGAAUGUAUAUUCUUGAGGCACCUAAAAUUUUAAAAACAUUUGGAAAAUCAUUUCUAAAUUUUGCACCUACCUAUAUGACCAAAAAAUUAAAAAUAUUAGAUAACAAUUAUGCAGAUUAUUUAAGAGAAGAAAUAUUAUCAACUCAAUUAGAAAAAAAAUAUGGAGGAAUUCAGGAAGAUAAAAUUAAUAAUUUUUAUCCUUUCCACUUUUAUCCAAGUUGUUAUAUAUCACAACAACAAAAAAGGAAAUCUCAAGAUAAUAAAGCAGUUAUCGAAAAAAAAACAAAUAUUUUUAAUAAUGAUCAUAUUUAUAAUAUAUUCCUAUCUGGUUAUUCUAUGCAUGUAAUAUUAGUCCAGAAGGAUCAAAGGAUAAUUGAUAAUCAUCGGUAUAAUGAUAUUCUAUUAAAUGAUUCAAAUUCUGCAAAUUUGGAAAGGACUGCAUGUAUAGAAGCAGAUACUAGUGAUAACCAUAAGGAAGAUGCAGAUGUUAUCAAGAAAAAUGUACACAAGGAUAUGGUAAAAAGUAUGAGUAUUGACAGCUUAAAACAAAUUAGUAGUGAUAACUUAAAAUAUAUUAGUAGUGAUAACUUAAAAUAUAUUAGUAGUGAUAACUUAAAAUAUAUUAGUAGUGAUAACCUAAAACAUAUUGGAAGCGAUAACCUAAAACAUAUUGGAAGCGAUAACUUCAAACAUAUUGGAAGCGAUAACUUCAAACAUAUUGGAAGCGAUAACUUCAAACAUAUUGGAAGCGAUAACUUCAAACAUAUUGGAAGCGAUAACUUCAAACAUAUUGGAAGCGAUAACUUCAAACAUAUUGGAAGCGAUAACUUCAAACAUAUUGGAAGCGAUAACCUAAAACAUAUUGGAAGCGAUAACUUCAAACAUAUUAGUGGUGAUCACCAUAAUAACUAUUAUCAUAAGAGGAAAAAGAAAAAGAAAAAAAAACAUAUCAUUUUAAAUGAAGAAGAAUUAUUAUUACAACAGCAAUUUGUGAAUUAUAUGAAAAAUGAAGAAUAUGAUAUUGAAAAUGUUCAUAUUUUGAAAAAUAAUAAAUUUAUAAAUUUUAAAAAUAAAUAUGUUGUACAUAUUGAUAGUAUACAUAAAUGGAUUUUUAAAAUAAAAAAUUUAUUUUUAUCAAAUAUAACAAUUAAUUAUAUUACGAAACGAUUCCCAUUUUUAAAAAAUGUUAUACUUGUCAAAUCAAAUUUUAAAUGUAUAAAUGAGUAUAUAAAAUAUUUGAAAGAAAAUGUACCACCUGAAAUUAGUACUUCUCAUCAGAUUGUUUCUACAAAUAAUGAACAUGAUGAAGAGGAUAAUCACAAAAACAAAAGUAAUAUAAUAAUAAAAAAUAAUAUGAAUGAAAAGGAAGAAGAAAUCAAAAAGGAAAGGUUAUAUAAUAAUCCUUCUACAGAUAAAAUAAUAAAUAAAUUUGAAAACAUUCAACGCUUAAGUAGUUGUAAAUAUGUAGAUGAUAUGAAGGAAGAAUAUAAUAAUAAUAUAAAAAUAGGGCAUCAUAAACAUGAUCCAAAUAUCAUGUUAAAAACAGAAAAGGGUGUAAAAAUAAAAAAAAAUAAAAAAAAAAUUGAAAUAAUGGAAAAUAAAAAUAAAAAUAAGAGCAAAAAUAAAAUAUCACAUGAUAAUACUUCAAAAGAAUAUAAUUAUCCAGAGGUCAAUAUAUAUAAUAACUGUGAAUCUAUUUUUGAUGAAUAUAUAAAAACUUCAUCGAUGGACAAUAAUAAAAAAAAAGGUUUUAAAGAGAAAAAUAAUGACAAUAAUAAUAAUAAUAAUAAUAAUAACACCAAUAUUGAUAAUAAUGAUAAUAAUAUCGAUAAUAAUAUCGAUAAUAAUAUUGAAAACAAUGAUAAUAAUAAUAAUAAUAUGAUAAUGAUGAUGAAGAAAAAGAACGGUGAACCUGAGAAUCCUUGUGGUGAUAAAGUAAAUUUAAAAAAAAAAGGAAUAGAAAAUGUUAAACAAAAACAUAAAGAGGUGGAAAUUAGUGAAGAACAAGGGAAAUUAAAACAAAGCAGUGAAACAAAAGGACGUUUAAAACAACCACAUACAAUUAAGGUAACAGAUAGAUUAUUUAAAGAAAGAGAAGAUAUGGAAAAAAAUGAGAAAAGAGAAUAUAUAGAAAAAAAAAUUUUAAGUAAAGUAACUAUGAAUUUCUCCCCAUGUGAUAAGGAGACACAGAGUAAAAAGAAUAAGAAAAAGAAAAAAAAAGGAAUAGAUGAUGUAAAAUUUAUUUCUAUGAAUAAAGAUGAAUUGAGCAAUAUGUUAUCCAAAGAAUAUGUGGAAAAAGGUAAUAUUAAUUGUGAUAAUAUGACAUGUGAAAGUAAUACAAUUUGUGAUAAUUCAAAAAGUGAAAAUUAUAUACCUUUAGAUAAUAAGACAAAUAAUAAUAAUAAUAAUAAUAAUAAAAAAAGUGCUAUUAGUAUAAAAUCUAUAUUUCCAAAAAGACUUGAUCAUGCGCUUUCAAAAUAUAAAAAAUAUUCUACAACAUCUAUAAGUACUAGAUUAUCUAGGAGUUCAUAUAAUAAAUUCGUUUCAGAAGAUAAAAAUGAAGAAAACCAUUUUGAUAAUAUUGUCAUAAAUGAUUCAUAUCAAAAUAAGGUCAGUUUCUUUAGUCAAGUUUCUUUAUCAACAGGCAAUAUAACUAAUACUAUUGAUUUGGAUACAAAUAAAAAUGAAAAAAAAAACGAUGUGAAUUUCAAGUCUACAAUUGUCGAUAAUUCAAAUAAACCUGUAAAUCCAGAGGUGCCUGAAAAAAAAAGUAGAAAAAAGUUGAGUAAAAUUAAAAUUAUCGGUCUUCAAUUUUUUAAUAAACAAUCGUCAAGAAGAUAA